GGGUGGCAUAUGCAAAUGCUGUCAAACACGGCAUAUUUCCGACACAUUUUGGUUGCCUUCGAAAUAGGAAGAAAUAGAAAAAGGGAACGAGGCACGAGUACAAAUCAAUUGGAGGCCAGAAUGGAGUUGCUUAGUGUGGGCCCUCAAGUACUGACUUUCUAUCCCCCCUAUGAUGACCGUCAAAGAAGGAUGGUGACUUUGCUGAAUCCCACCGAUAGGCGUGUUCUUUUCAAAGUCACAUCGAAUGCCUGGCUUAACUAUACAGUGAAUCCCAAUACCGGCAGGAUAGGACCUUAUUCCUCCAGCGAGAUCAUCAUAAGUCUGAAAAGCUUUGAUUUCAACACGGACGAGAGAUACAAUCAUCACUUCGUAAUUAAAUCCAUGUUCGAACCUCAAGAUCACAAAAAUGGUCAGACCAUUUUGGCGAUUUUUCGCGAUGUUUCCCGCAGAGACAUCUCCUCGAACAGUCUUCUGGUGCGACUGGAGGCCCAGCCCUUUCCGUUGGACUGUCAUGGCCUGGAUUCACUCUGUGAUUUUAGCAAAACUUCUGUGAACACCGAGCUGCAGCUGAGACAGCUAUAUGAAAACUGUGCAAAUAGGCUGGAGGAAGCUCCUGCGAAACAGAAAACACCAAGUGGAAGCCGUCAUCUAUCCAAGAUUGUGAUCAUUGGCUCCUUGACUUUAGUAGUACUGACAGCAUUUGUGCAGCGCAAGCUUAUGUUUGAAACGUUGAUGGACACCCAAUACGCGGAUAUUCAUUUUCAAUAGAUUCAAAAAUAUAUUAUAGAUAACCGAAACGUAGGUGCAUGGUAUUCGCGUUAUAACCACACUUGCCAAUAACUUU